GACUCAGUCGCACGUUCGGCGUCCGCUAAGCAACUUUAUCUUUGCCUCUUUCCUUCGGCUUUGUGUUCGCUUCCUCUUCUCCUGCUUCGUCCAGUUCGCCAGCCAUGGUAAUACCCAUUAGAUCUGGACUGGGCAUUGGUUGCCAUGGCGUGCCCAUGCUGCCGCUGCUGCUGCUGGCUUUGCUCUGUUCCGAUUCUACUGCCGAUCUGAGAUAUCGCCCCAGUGCCAUACAUCCAGAUUAUCCGGGACAAUGUUACUUUGAAGAGCUGAAGCAGCCCAUACCCAAGUAUCAGUCCUACAAGCCCAUCAACCGCGAGGGCCACUGCAAGUCAUUUUUCUGUCGACCGGACUAUGUGCUAGAAAUCGAAUUUUGCGGUCGACACAAUCUGGUGCCAGAGAAGAACUGUAAAAUUGGUUCCGAUAUGACUCGCAUUUUUCCGCAUUGCUGCCCCAAGUUGAUCUGCCAGAAACCGGACACGAAUGAUAUAAAGCCUUUAAAAUGAUACACAAUAUUUAGCACAUAUCAUAUUUUUUCCUAUGUA